AUGCCUCUAGGACCCCACGGCCUGCUCUUCACCGCCCACCCCGGGCGCUUCCCAGGAUGCGUGCCCCAACCUUCGCCUCUCUGCAAGCCAGGUCUCGUGUCUGUUAACCUGUUGGCACAGUCACCGUGCUGGUGGGUCACAAGCCGCAGAGCAGCUACCCCGAAGGUCACCGGGGCCGAACUCAGCGGCUCCACGGCUUCUAACAGUCCGAAGGCUGCCCUCACGCAGCUCGGGGCUGUCCGGCCCUGGCUGUCCGCAACCCAGAUCGCCCUUUCCUCCAGCUCCAGCACGCCGCAUGCGGCCAGUGACACUCAAACCAUCUUCGGCGGCCAGUGGAGCAGCGGCUGGGUCAAUACGACCGCUGCGAAUCAGAGCGUGCGGCUCAAGAUUAAUAUCCUGGAGGACAACACGUAUGAAAUCGGCGAGUGGAAGAGGGCGGUGAUGCCCCUGCCCCGUGUCAGCGGCUCGGCUGUCCUGCUGCCCAACGGCCAGGUCCUGCUAAUCAACGGCGCGAAGUGCCUAUACGUACUGCAAGCGAGAGUUACUGGUAGCGCGCAACAUCGGCAUGAUGAGGAAAACACCUUGCUGUUGCAAACGGAAACAAGUCCACCACCAACACGCAAUACCGCCAUCUUCACCAUCACCGCCCCGUCCACCGAGUUUACCAUCGCCGCCUCCACCUUUUCCAACACCUGUGUCAUUCCCCCUACCUAUCGGCCAGUCCUCCUGCAUCUAUGUGUACAGGCCGGCGCCAUUUUCCACCCAGCCACAGGACGCGUUAUCACACGGGCCAGCCCCAACAGUGUCGACCUCGUCGCCCAGGAGGCCUCGCGGAUCGACCCCUCGUCCAUAUCGCUGUGGGACAUUGAGGUGCUGAACAAGCAGGAGGCCCUGCAUGCUGUGCACCUAGUCGGGGCCGCGAUUUAUUGCUGGAACGUGUAUUGGAACUUGAUGACCAGUGGAGCGAAACCGCGAUGGAAAGUCCGCCCAAGCAAGGAUUCUGUUCUCCCAAGGAACCGGAUCAUCUUGUAUGUCUGCUUGAACGGUCCGACGGGCCGAGAGGGCAACGUGUUCCUUAACAGCCAGUGGCGCAUCAUUCAGAGCUGUAGCCCGGAUCAAGUGUACCUGGUUUCUCGGAGUAGCGGCAAGUGCCUGGGUGUGGACGUAGGUGCAGCAGUAGGCUCCUCAGCUGCCGCACUUCCUCUCCAGCAGUGGGAUUGCGACUGGAGUGCCAACCAGCGCUUCGUUAUCUCAAGUGCACCAGGCAAUGCCACGUACGUCACAUCAGCGCCUACCCAGUUCAAUUGCGUACCGCCAUCUUCACCAUCGCCGCCCCGUCCACCGAGUUUACCAUCGCCGCCUCCACCACCAACCUUCUGCCAGCAGAUCCCGGGCUAUACCUCUACGCCAGACAGUGACCAUGGUGGAGACGAUCUUGGCUAUUAUGGCAAGAAUGCACCUGCUGCCUGCAACAGCAACCCUAACUGUGUAGCCUUCAACUCGUACGGCUUGAUCAAGUCGGGCUCCACUCCGCUGAGGUCAUCCGCGGGGUCCUGCUUUUAUGUCAAAGUACCUCCAGUCUGCAGGGAGUACCUGGGGUUCACCGCCAUUGCGGACGUCGACCACGAAGGAGAUAACAUGGACUCUGUCUCCCCGUACUACUGGUGGUACUGUCUCGUGGACGCUGGCUGUGCCGCCUUCAAUAGUGACGGAGUCAGGAAGUCGAAAUCAUUGCCGCUGAGGUCGGCCGUGGGGUCCUGCUUGUACGUCAAGACCUCUGCUCAAUGUAAGGCCUACGCUGGCUUCUAUGCAUUCCCGGGCAAGGACCGCUUAGUGCGCCAGCAUACGGGCAUCGACGUGGCUCAUUACGACGGCAACCCUGAUGCCGCAUAUGCAUACUGCAAGAUGACGGACUCUUGCAAAUCCUUCAACAGCUAUGGUUGGGCGAAGAGCAGCGGCAUGCCCAUAACGCCCCAUGACGACGGCAUGUGUUUAUAUGUAAAGAGCAGCACGUUCAUAUCAAAAGGUGCGUGUGCGGAUGGCAAGCUGGGCCAGUCGUUCCAGAGUGUACCUGGAAGCUUGUCAAGUGCCCUCAACAGACUUAUCAACGACUACUGCUUCGGUUACACUGGCAGGGCCUGUGAUGAGAUCGAUUUCACAGGAGAGUCAAGCUGGUACAAGGAACAGUUUUCUAAUUUGCCUCCUCUCAGCAACAGGACCUGCAACACGAAUCUGAUGCUCCGCACAGCCCCUGGGCCACCCAAAGCAUCUCAGCGCAGCACAUUUACAUGCAGCCCCAACCCGAUCAGUGAUGGUGUCUGUACCCUUGCGGCCAAGCUCGACACUUCAUCCUCAGCAACUGUCACACAGGGAACCGGCUUUAAUAUGAAGUUCAGUGGAGGCUUGGUCACCAAGGUCUCUGUAGGCUCUGUGGAACACACAACUGAGACAACUGUCGAUUAUACCGAAAGUGUCUCAGAGCAGACUUCAAACGCAAGAAUCAUCGGUCAAGCCAUGGGGGCGACUGUUUCUGUCUCCACAAAACCAGGCGAUAGACAAUGCUACGUAUUGAAUGUCGCCAUGGGUCGUGCUGCCACGGUCGGCACGUUUGAUGUUAACUUGGAGUUUGAUGGUGGCGUGGGCACACGGCAGGGGAACGUGUACUACGUAUUGUUAUCGGACAUUGUUAACUACGCUAAGUCCAAGGGCUGGCCCAGUGCGGCCGGGUUCGAAGUCUUCGGCAGUACAGUGCGAGUCACCAAACCGAUUACGAUCAACAUGGACGUGCCCGUAUACUCUUAUGUCAAUCCUCAGCAGUACGACCUCGACAACAGGUUGUGCUCCUCUUCUACCAUGUCCUUAGCCCAAACGUCAAACCCUAAUCCUGUCAGGUUGCUAGCUGCUGACCAUGCCAUCGAUACAGCUGAUGAUGACACCACAAGCAUGAUGAUGUCGACAUCAGUGAUGAGAGAAUCCGACUCAGAUCCGCUUGAUUCGUCCUCAACGCUCAAUAUCACAGCAUGGGGGCACCAGUCCGCCACACGCACACUACUCGACUCACAGGGCACGUCCUCAUUGAAGUCAACGGUGCCAGCAGAGCUGAUGAAGCGGCUGGAAGCCCUGGCACAGGCCUACUGCAAAGCCCAGACCAGAAGGGACUCGUGUGAAGGGGACUAUUGUGAUGAGGACUCGUGUGAGGUCGACUGGGACGGAACCACCGACUGGUGGCGCACCUUCUUCAUCACACUACCACGGGCAGAGUUUUCCACCGGGCUGGAUGCUCCUGUGUGGAACUGGACUGCGUCGACGCUCCAAAACCAAACAUCUGCGCUGGUGGUGUGUCCCUACAGGCCGUUCAGCUACAGAUGCCAGAUUGAUGCACAAUCCUACCAGUCAUCGGUGAUCACCAGGGCUCGAACGACAUCCAACAGCUGGGGUAUGUCACACAAGGAAACGUUGACGUCAGGAUUUAAAAUUGAAUCGCUUGGUAUAGAAGGUCGAGCUGGUAUCACUUUCUCUUUUUCGCUCAGCUGGUCUUGGUCCCAGGGCACUGCCACUGGGAGAACCGAGACGGCGACCACUGUUAAUGCCGCAUCCGUCCAGAUGAACCCUGUGACCAACCCCACCCAGAAGUGCGCGCACCUAAGGACUGACAUGAAGGUGGCAAACGUGGUGGGCACCCAGAUGGCUUGGAUGACCAUACAGGGAUUUGUCGGCUUCCACCACGGAGAUAGCAGGGUGUGGAAGCUUUGGAUAGACAGUUCACCACACUACUACCGUGCCCAGGAGUUCUCAUCGCUUAUCAAUGAUGCAAAGUCUUUAGGUGUCGAGGAGGCCGAUGAUUGGACGAUAGAAGGUGGGCUGGCAAGGAUCCAGGUGCCCAUUGAUCUGGCGGUGUUAACAGGCGCGAGCGGCUCCAGCAGUGCAGUCUACUACGAUGCUGGCAGCCCAGAGUGCAACAUGCCAGAGCCGGUGUAGGGAAGCAUCUCGCUAGCUUUAUUCAUUUCUGGGUUACUGUACGUUACUCUUUGUCUCGGUGGUGGUGUAUGUGUGGUCGUGCGUGUAAUUUCUGUGUAGCAUCGUGAUGAGGUUUGCGUGUGGGCGGGGAAGAGAUGUGCGUAUGUACGGACUGCCUCACACCCAGUGUUUUUUUUAAGUAAUAUAUACCUUAAACGGAAUAAACAGGCCAUUUUGGCCUUUGGAAAUACGGAAUGAAUUGAGGCCGAUCCGUGCAUUUUCAUUCCUCCAGCCAAAAACGUCCAUUGCUGCCAGAUUGCUCCGUAGUGUGCAGAACUUGGUAUUAUCAAUCAUAGAAUAGAUAUGAGGGCGAUCCAUUUCAGGCGCCCAACCCGAGCGCUCGCAGUGCCAAGCGGGCUCAGACACAGCGCAUCCGCAAGGGCCAGAGCGACGGUGCAUGGCUGGACAGCAGCAGCAGGGGCCGGUACAUGAUGAACCGGUAGAGUCCUAGCGUGCUGUGGUUUGCAGUGGCGGGUGACGGCCUGUGAUUUGCUAUGCGGUUGCUUGCUUUGGGCCUUUGCUUGGUCGGAUUUACUUAUUGCUCACCAACAGUGCCAGAACUAACUAUGCAUGUGCAUGAAGAGUGCGCACAUGAACGAAAACGCGCCAACUCAGUGCGUGCCUCUUGGUCUGUGAGGGGAGUUGUAACUAAUCGGGGGG